AUGUCGAACUUUUUGGAUCAAUUUAUUCUGGAGGACGUCGCCAAAAACUGCCCGAAGCAAUUUGUGGCGUAUCAUAAAUGUAUUUCAGAGAAUCACGAAGACCCAAGUCAAUGUGUAUUUAGACAGAAAGAUCUAGCGGUUUGUAUAAAGGAGAAGGUACCCAGUGUGCAGAAAGUGAUGCAAAACUGUGGUACCCAGAUGGCACGUUACGAGCAAUGCGUUCGAGACCACAUGGCGACGCGUACCAUCAAUGAAAAUUGUCUGGGGCUACUCGAAGAGAUGCGGCAGUGCGCAGAGAAACAAGUGAGCGGAGUCAGACCAAUCAACGAGUUGUAA